CGCUCAUUGGUGGAGAGCACAUUACGUCACCAGUCGCUUAGCGCGACAAGGGCAAGCGAAAGCCGCGCCCCGGCUGUGAUUGGACGAACAGAUCGCACUGUAAGUCGCAGCCUAGAGCUGCUCGUGUUGUUGUUGUUAUGUGAACUCCUAGCCAAUAGAAAGCGGCGCUACUAGAAAUCCCCGCCCAGCCAGGCUGACUUCAGUGUUCGUAGCUCCGAGCAAGUAAGACAAAAAGAAGAGACGUCCGUGAGAGCCGUGCGAGCGUUUAAGACUGAGAAAGCAAAAUGGGGGAUAAACAGAAUGGAGCACACACAGCAGACGGCAGCACAGGAGGUGGUGACAACACUGAUGCUGGAACAUUUUCAUCCAGCCAGCAAAUUCAUCUAAAAGGUGGCACAGCGAAAGAAAUGGAUUCAAAGUUUAGCCAUCGCUUCACAUAUAGAAUGGACUACCCAGAGAUGGGGUUAUGUGUCAUCGUCAACAACAAGAACUUUCACCCAUCUACAAGAAUGGGAAUGCGGAAUGGAACUGAUGUAGAUGCCUUAAAAUUAAAGAAUACAUUCAAAAGUUUAGGUUACACAGUCCAGAUUUACAAUGACCUGAAGUGCCAUGACAUCUUUGAACUUUUAAAAAAAGUGGCUGAAGAUGACCACAGCAAAAGAAGUUCUUUCAUUUGCGCACUCCUGAGUCACGGCGAGGAAGGCUACUUUUUCGGAGUAGAUGACAGCAUGCCUAUUAAACAGCUCACAUCCCUUUUCCGAGGUGACCGAUGCAAGUCCUUGGCGGGCAAACCCAAAUUAUUCUUUAUUCAGGCUUGCAGGGGAACAGAACUCGACUCAGGAGUGGAGACAGACAGUGGAAGCGGAUCACAAGAAGAAACGCACAAGAUCCCAGUUGAAGCAGAUUUCCUAUAUGCUUAUUCUACAGUGCCAGGGUACUACUCUUGGAGAAACACGGUGAAUGGCUCUUGGUUCAUCCAGUCCUUGUGUGAUAUGCUGAAAUCCCAUCACAAACAACUUGAACUUAUCCAGAUUCUUACAUGUGUAAAUCACAUGGUGGCCUUGGAAUUUGAAUCAUGUUCAAAUCAAAUAGACUUUCACGCAAAGAAGCAGAUCCCAUGUGUUAUGUCUAUGCUCACAAAAGCACUCUACUUUCCAUAAGAAAGAAGAACCUGCUGCCACUUGAAUGAUACAGUACCUGGCAUACAAUUCACUCCUUCAUUCCGUACAGAGGAUGCACGAGCAGCAAAGUUAUAGACAGACUCAUGUACAUUGGCCCUACUCCUAUAACCAUAUCUGAUGGGAAACAUUAGACUGGAUGGAUGAGAAAUGAAGAAGAAAACUGAAUGCAGAUACAAGGUUCAUUAGGGGCUAAUGUAUAAAAACAGUAGAAGAAUAAAGGUAGCUGGGAUCUGAUUGUUUGCCACAACAAACAGCCCAGAAGAUUGAUCAUUUCUGUUAGUGUUGGUUCAUUUUCAGCUAGGGCAGACUGACACUGUAUAGGUCUGCAUGUCAUCCAGUUUUUUAACUCUUAAGUGCAUGUGACUG